AUGGGCGUGACCAUCUCCAAAACCUCGGAACUCUCGCCAAUCUCAUUCGUCAGCACCCUCUUCGGUUUUAUCGGCUUCGCCCUCACAAUCGCAACCUUCCUGCGCGUCACGUGGGAGAACAUCCAGACCUUCCUCGGCGCCUCGACCCAGAUCUCCGACCUGCUAGGCAACCUCAAGCAAGGGUUGUACGAGGAGCGCGCCCACCUGCGCAAGGUGCGCCGCUGGCAGCGCCGCCGCGGCAGCUUCCAGGGCAGCCCGCGCGGCGGCCCCGACGAGAAGAACAGGCGGAGGAGCGAGCACUGGUACGGCGACGGCCACAGCUACCACGGCUACUAUCCCGACAUGAAGGACCUGCACGACGACGACCAGAGCACCCGCGUCAUGCGCGAGGCCGUGCGCAACAUGAUCCGUGACUUUAGGGCCCUCGAGCAGCCGUUCCUGAGGGACGACGUCGAGUCGAGGUUCCGUGACCCGCACGUGAGGAACGGCGAGGGCUAUGCCCCGUCCGACGACGAGGAGUAUUACAAGACCGAAUAUCGCACCACCGGCUACAGGGAGCGCUGGUUGUGGCUGAAUCGGAAGGGCGCAGUCGUCGAUAUGAUGUCGCAAUUGUCGAGAUUGGAGACGAGGAGAAUUGCAAAAGAGGUCGGAGAGGCUUGCUUAAUUGUAAGAGGCAUGGAGAGGGACUUCCAGGUCAUGGACGACCGGAUCUGGAACCUGGAGCAGCGCAUGUCAAGAGUGGUUGGCCUUCGGCGAGUAGAACCUCCGAUCCAGUGA